AUGGCUCAAGAUCGUGCAGGACCAUGGAGUCGAUGGGAUGGAAUACCCGCUCAAAGUGCAUCAUCAUCUAACAACUUUGUGAACAACCGCUUCUUCGACACUGGUAAUGGUGUUGGCAGCGGCAUCGGGACAUCAGGAUCAGCAACAUACAUUAGAACAUCUCUUGUUGACCAGAGAGUGAAUGCCAUUGAUCCUUCGUUCUACGAUUGUAUCUAUGGAAUACAGAACUCUGCAGUGACUGUUGUUGAACAGUGUUACAAAGAUCUUGGAUGCUGUGCAACAGGAUGCUGUAAAAACUCUGAAUGGAACAGCAAAUAUGCAGCUGCGGUGGCUUUGAUCAGCAUCUUCGGGUUUCUCGUUAUUCUAGCUGUUGUAAUCUGGCUUAUUGUGUGGUUGAUGAACAGAGCUAAAGACAAAAGAAUGAAGAGACAACUUAUCAAUGAGAACUCGAACAUGUCUCCAUCUCAAUCCAGUACUUCUCUUGCUCAACCAGUUCCAAAUGGUUUCCAUUAUGGUACUGGCCCAUACCAAACUCCUCCUAAUAACGGAUAUCGCUACUGA